CGUCCCUGAAAGAAAUCAAAUCAGAUUUUGGAAGGGAGCUGAGAGUGUGCAUUCGCAGAGCCAUUACAAUGGCGGAGCCCAAGACUGUACACUCACCUGUCCUGACCUACUUUUCCAUGAUAUCUCUUCUCUCACUUUGCCCUCCAUUCGUCAUCCUCUUAUGGUAUACAAUGACACAAGCUGACGGGUCUGUUUUACAGACUUGGGAUUAUUUGAAACAGAAUGGGCUGCAAGGAUUUCUGAACAUAUGGCCCAGACCCACUGCUACGGCUUGGAAAAUAAUCGGUGUGUAUGCUGCAUUUGAAGCAGCACUUCAACUUCUUCUACCUGGUAAAAGGGUCGAGGGCCCCAUAUCUCCUACUGGCAACCGACCUGUGUACAAGGCAAAUGGAGUGGCAGCAUAUUUGGUGACAUUGAUUACUUAUAUUGGCCUCUGGUGGUUUGGAAUAUUCAACCCAACAAUUGUGUACGAUCACUUGGGGGAGAUAUAUUCAGCACUCAUUUUUGGAAGCUUUGUCUUCUGUAUUUUCUUGUACUUGAAAGGUCAUUUUGCACCAUCGUCUACUGAUUCUGGCUCAUCUGGGAACAUGAUCAUCGAUUUUUACUGGGGUAUGGAGCUCUAUCCACGAAUUGGGAAAAAUUUUGACAUAAAAGUUUUUACAAAUUGCAGAUUUGGAAUGAUGUCUUGGGCUGUUCUUGCACUGACCUACUGCAUAAAGCAGUAUGAGGAAACUGGGAAAGUCGCUGACUCAAUGCUUGUAAAUACUGCAUUAAUGCUGGUGUAUGUUAGCAAGUUUUUCUGGUGGGAAGCUGGAUAUUGGAACACAAUGGAUAUUGCUCAUGACCGAGCGGGUUUUUAUAUUUGCUGGGGCUGCUUGGUGUGGGUUCCAUCUGUUUAUACAUCUCCUGGAAUGUACCUUGUCAACCAUCCUGUAAAUCUUGGCACUCAGCUUGCAAUCUUUAUUCUUGUGGCUGGCAUUCUCUGCAUAUACAUCAACUAUGAUUGUGAUAGGCAAAGACAAGAAUUUCGUCGGACAAAUGGGAAAUGCUUAGUCUGGGGAAAACCUCCAUUAAAGAUAGAGGCCUCCUAUACCACCACUACUGGUGAAACAAAAACCAGCCUUCUUUUAACAUCCGGAUGGUGGGGUUUAUCUCGUCAUUUCCAUUAUGUCCCAGAAAUACUUUCUGCUUUCUUUUGGACAGUUCCUGCUCUAUUCAAUCACUUUUUGCCCUACUUCUAUGUGAUAUUUCUUACCAUCCUUCUCUUUGAUCGAGCGAAAAGGGAUGAUGAUCGGUGUAAAUCCAAGUAUGGUAAGUACUGGAAAUUAUAUUGCAACAAGGUGCCUAGCAAAAUCAUUCCGGGAAUCUACUGAAGAAGGAUGCUGAUUAUUGCAAUGUUUGGUACCUGAAGUGUUUUCUAGAAAAGAAAUAGGAAAUGUACCUGGAAAGAAAAUGAGAUAGGUGCAUUUUUUAUUUCCUUCUUAUAAAAUAUUUUUCUUCAUACCAAACAUUACAUAAGGGUUUUUACUUGGACCUUAACUUCGUGGCUUUUUUGCCAUGUGUACCUAUUUUGUCUUGAUGCCCUUGUUUCCCAUACUUAAUUUAAAUGCAUGGGGGAUUUCAUCUCUAAGACGGUCAUCAAGCCUAGUUUUAAGCAUGUGUUCUAACUUUCAAUGAUUAGUUGUAGUCUUUUUUUUUUUUUUU